AGUUAUAAAAAAAUCAUAGGUGUAACUGCGAGCCUGAGAUAGAAAUUUGUAUUUUUGCCGCAUAAUAGGUGCUUCAAAAAUUAACAAGCCAAUUGGUGCAUUGUAUUACUUGUUUCGUUUAAAUAAUUUGAGCAUAGUCAUGGGGUUAUCGCACAGCAUUUCCGUCCCAGGUGGUGGAACCGAAGGUUACCAUGUACUACGGGUACAAGAUAAUUCUCCCGGUCAGAGAGCAGGACUGGAAGCAUUUUUCGAUUUCAUUCUAGCCAUCGGGAACACCCGUUUGGAUCAAGAUAAUGACACCCUGAAAGAACUGUUGAAGGCUAGCAUCGACAAAGAAAUUCAGAUGACGAUUUUCAGCAGCAAAACACAAAAUAUUCGUGUUGUCAAUAUUAGUCCUAGUACAACUUGGGGUGGCCAAGGAUUGCUUGGUGUCAGUAUACGAUUUUGUUCGUUUGAAGGAGCGAACGAAAACAUUUGGCACAUACUGGAAGUGCACCCUUCUUCACCAGCAGAAGAGGCUGGUUUGAUUCCGUUUACAGACUAUAUCAUUGGUGCCGACUCGAUACUGCACGAAAGUGAAGAUCUUUUUACGCUGAUAGCAUCGCACGAAGGACGACCUUUGAAGAUGUACGUGUACAACAUAGACAAGGAUGCCUGUCGCGAGGUGACAAUUACGCCAAACACUAAGUGGGGUGGAGAGGGUAGUCUUGGUUGUGGAAUCGGUUACGGUUAUUUGCACCGAAUACCUAUUAGAAUGAUGCCAACCGAUUCGACAACUACAUCCGCAUUAAGCCAAACCAUGACGUCGGUGCCAACAACCGUUCCCGUUGGAGAUUCAAACGCCAACGCACCAAAUCGACCUAUUCCGUUCAUUCCGAUGGUGCCGCCUCUGGCCAAUACAUUUGCUUCGAGUGCAGCGGUUUCUCACACUGAUCUGCUGACGGUAACACAAACACCGACGGUAGACAGCACCACGAAUACAUUGGCACAGCAGUUUGCCAAUCUGAACACAUCGUCGGAUAGGGUUAACAACAAUCCUAACCCGACGGUGGCCAUUGCGGCUGGUGAAAGCGGAAACACCGUAACGGAAAACAUUGCGCCGACACUUGUCAAUGUCGAAGAAACAUUCAACCUAUCAUCGACUGGAAGUGCUAUCAAUGUUCCACCAUCGCCAGCAUUAGACGUGGCAGCUUCAAUGUCACCUACACCGGCUCCGAUUCCCACAUAUUCCCAGCAGCAAUCGCAUCAACAAACGCAAAAUCCUUAUAGGCAACAACAGCCGGUCAAUUUGUCGUACCCCGCGAGUGUGUCCGCUAGUGGUACCGCAUCCGUGGCACCCGUGCUGCCAAGUGUAAAUCCAAACAUUUUCAGCUCGAACGUUCCGCCGCCAUCGUCGUUGGCCAGCGAUUUCUAUCAGAUGUACGGUAAUACUUCAAACACGGCAACUGUCUCGGCUUGUAAUAGCUUUCAACCGGCCAGCAUUUCCUACCCGAGUACGGACCAUCAGCAGCAUUACCAAACCCAAACGUAUGCCGCUGGACAAGCGCCACCUCCCAUACAGAUGUACUCGACCUUCCCUCAGCAAUUGCCCGCCGAUUUAGCUCAACAAACGGUGCCCAUGUUUCAAACAAGUGCCGUGACAACGCCCAUCUCCCUACCCGGGAUGCCACCCAUUACGGUGAGUGCCACCAUUCAAGCCGAAGCUCUUCGAGGACUGCAGUUCAACAGUAACCAACAGCAGCAGCAACACCCAGCUAGUGGAGCAACACAACCGUUACAGUAAAAGUUCGGAGCUUCCUGAAGUCGACGAGAGUAAAUGUACAUAGACGCGUUGAAGCAUUCGUACCGAUCAAUUUCUGGAGGGUUCUACAACUUAUUCUUCUGCUAACGGUGCCCUAUUGUUAUGAAAUAUUGUGUUGUGUUGAGCAAAUCUAUUAUUUUUAUUGUGUACUACUACAUCGGAUAUGCAUAGACUAUUUAUAAGCAAAUGUCCACUAACAAUGACGUCACUUAUGUUUUUGAAAUGUUGUUUUUUUUUCUUCUGUUGGACAUUUAGUGCAAUUAAACUAAUGAUGUGAGGCAAACGAAGUUGUUUCUCCUUUUGGGUGCUCGUGUGACAAAAUACAAUAACUUUUACUUAAAACAGGACAAUGUUUUUAAAGCAUUUAAAUUGAACUGUUUUCAGUAAAUGUUCUAUCAAAUUUAUGGUUGUUACAUCGUCUCAGUAGCGCUUCAAUGAAGAAACAGCUUAAUGCUAAGAAUUUGCUGAACAAAAAAACACUGAAAGUAGACUUUACAAGCUAUCUUGAAAAUAGCUAAAUAAGGCAGAUAUAAAGCAUUAGAUUUUUGUAUGUUUUAUCUAAAUAUUCGAGCAAAUAUUAUAUAAAUAAAAU